CCGCCUGCCACCCAGCGCACGGGACAGGAUGGGCACCGGGGAUUUCAUCUGCAUUUCCAUGACCGGAGGGGCGCCCUGGGGGUUCAGACUGCAAGGGGGCAAGGAGCAGAAGCGGCCCCUGCAAGUGGCCAAGAUCCGAAGCCAGAGCAAAGCGUCGGGGUCCGGGCUCCGCGAGGGGGAUGAAGUCGUCUCCAUCAACGGCAACCCAUGUGCCGACCUCACCUACCCCGAGGUCAUCACGCUCAUGGGGAGCAUCGCGGACGCCCUGCACAUGCUCGUCAAACGACCUUCCAGUGGAGUAAGUGAGACUUUGGUCUCUGAAACCGAAAACAAAACCCAUGAGCAUCUCCCCCCCGAGGGGUAUGUGGAAAGCACCACCCUGCAGAUCCGACCGGCUGCACAGAGCCAGGAAGGGGAGCCCCGCCUCACCCUCAUCACGAGUGGAGCCCCCCUCGCUGAGGACCAAGGGAGUGGUCCCGAUUUUUCUGGGAACAAAAAAGAAGAAACGGGCCUGAGCUACCCUGAGGCUCCCCACAUGCCUGACCCCACAAGAGGACACUCAGCAGAGGAGGUUGUCUUACGGGAGAAGGCAGACUCGGGCUGGCCGGGCCCUGUGGUUGAGCUACAACUGUCCCUGUCACAGGACAUGCACACGGGCACUGGUUCCCCCACAGUGGCUCUCUUGGGGACUGAAAAAUCUAAGUGUCCUGACCCAGAUCCUAACUCACACCACGGCGGGACCGUCCACAUAAAUUCAGUCCCCACUAGUGAGAAAGGGGACCCUUCUCUGCAGUCCAGCAAGAUCAUCCAGAUCUGCAGUGGCCAAGAGCUGAGAGUGAUCCAGGGGCCGGCCGCCGGGCCGGCGGGGCUGCCCCGAGUGGAAGUGGUCCUGGACUGCUCUGACAGGCAGCAGGCGGGAGGGUGCAGGCCGCGGGCGGGGGGUGUGGAUUCCCGGCUGGAAGGAGGGCAGUCAGAAGCACCUCCUUCUCUGGUAGCCUUUGCCGUCUCAUCAGAAGGCACCGAGCAGGGGGAAGAUCCGAGCUCGGAAAGAGAUCACAGCAGACCUCACAAGCACAGACUCCCGGGGAUGCAGGGCAGGGGCGCCCAGCUCUUCGCCAAGCGGCAGUCGCGCAUGGAGAAGUACGUGGUGGACGCGGACUCCGUGCAGGCCCGCGCCGCGCGCGCCCAGUCCCCCACGCCGUCGCUCCCCGCCGGCUGGAAGUACUCCCCCAACGUGCGAGCCCCGCCGCCCGUGGCCUACAACCCCAUCCUCUCGCCCUCUUACCCCCUGGCUGCUGUCAAGUCCCAGCCGCCGGCCGCACAGGCCUCCAAAGCCAGCAAGAAGGGCAAGAAGCCGCUCAACGCCCUGGAUGUCAUGAAGCACCAACCCUACCAGCUAAACGCCUCCUUGUUCACUUUCCAGCCUCCAGACGCGAAGGCUGGCCUCCCCCAGAGGCCGUCCGCCAAGCCCGCCUUCUUCGCGGAGGCCGCCUCGCCCGUCAGCGCCUCCCCAGUGCCCACGGGUGUCCCCAGCUCUCCAAAGCAGGAAUCGGCCUCCGCCUCCUAUUUUGUGGCACCAAGGCCCAAGUUCUCCGCCAAGAAGAGUGGUGUCACAGCGCAGGAGAGUGGACGCUCCCUGUCUCUUCCUGGAAGACCCCUCCCUCCCACCAUUUCUGCAGCAUCCCCCUGGGAGUACCAGCCUGCUUACAGCUACCCCACCCAAGCAACUGAUGGGCUGGAGAGAGCCAACAAGAGACUGACUCCUUGGGAAGCAGCAGCAAGGUCUCCUCUUGGCCUCGUGGACGAUGCCUUCAAACCCAGAAACAUGCAGGAAUCCGUCGUGGCAAACGUGGUCUCCGCGGCUCGGAGGAAGGUGCUCCCAGGGCCCCCAGAGGACUGGAACGACCAGGUGCCCUGCGCUCCACGGGCCCCGAAGGCCGGCGCGGGCUCCUUUGGGAGACGGGAGUAUAGUGGGGCACCCCUCCCCAUCCACGGUGUGCCCACCCCCUCCCAGUGUGGCCCACAGUCGCCGUUUGCGUAUUAUAGGCAGCCUUCCAGAGAAGAUUCUGAAAUAAUGUCCCUGGAGACCAGGUCUGAUUACUGCCUGGCAGCAGCCGGCUGCAGCUACAACCCACAGCCCCGGGGCUGGAGGCGCCAAACAUGAGAGGUCGAAGAGUGGUCGUGCGCCACCCCAACAAUCAUUUUUAAGGACGCUCCUUUGCAGGGCCUGACUUUUUCAGUAGAUUUAGAUUCACUUUGGUCUUAGCUUGUCCUCGAAGUCACUUACCUGAGUGAGCGUGUGUAGGCACCCGCGCACCAGAGCGCGAAUCACUCCUGUACCUAAGUCAGAAUCUUAAUUCCACUUAUCCCAUGGAUAUGGGGCAGUCUAGGCAACCAAACCUGCUCGAUUAAAAUGAAAUUAAUAUUUUCUUCUCUGCGUCCUGGUCCAGGAAGGCAGGGCUGAAACAUGGUGCGCUGGCCGCCUCGAGCAGUGACGCGGAGGAAUGUGACAUCGGGAAGCUACCGAUGAAGCAUGCCACUGAAUGAUCAUUACAUAAAAAAAGAGUGCCUUGGUGUCAGUUUAAGCAUUUCUCAGAAACAUUUAAAAACUAAUAAAAUUCAGAUUUUUUUUUUUUUUUUUUGUCGAGUUGAUACAAAGGCAUUCUCAGAAAGAAAGAAUUAUCUGGGAGUAAGAUGAUACAUUUCAGAGGGACUUUUGAGGUAAAUGGUAUAAUGUCUGGGGAAUAGAAGGAUUUAGGUAUAGGGUUUAUUUUUAAUCUAUUUAAAGCCGGCAGCCCGAGACAGGGGUAGAUGAGGGGUUCAGGUGUCCUCACUGGUCAGAUGAUCUAAUCUCAUGUUCUUAACAGCUCUGAGGCUCUCUCGCUAGUAGAAUGAGCUUUGGUGCAUCUAUUGUGCAUUUUUGUUGCUCACUGUAUAAAUAUGGGAUUGACUUUAAAAGAGGGUUAGGUCACCAGUGUUACUACGUGUAGCAUCGAAGGUCCAAAAGGAAUAGUUGGGCGGCAGGUUUUGUGCUACGUGUUAUGUGGAGUGAGGGUUGAUGUGAGCGAAAGACUAUUGGUGGGACUGAGGAAUUGGUGGAUGGCUGUGCCAGUCGGUAGGCAACCGAAGGCCGUGACCGUUUAGUUAUAGAAAACAGGCCACAGAGCCCUGGAACAAGUGGUGCUUCUUUACAAAGCCAGCGCGAGGCUGCUCCAAGGAAGGUAGACAGAUGCCCGGUUGGUCCCCAGACCCAGCCCACUCCUCACCGCAGUGCCCACGGGUGCCCAACACAAGGGCACGCCGAGUAUUUCACAUCAGAAGCCAGGAUUGAGAAUAGUUUCAAACAAAACACAUGUCCAGUAUUGGAAACUUUCUUAGGUUUUAAAAAGUGAUUCUUUUGCUUUGUUUUACUUUUUAACUCUUGGACUUAACAUUACGAUGGUGUCUUUCUCAGAAUAAAACUUUAAAUUUUUUUCCCAGGGAACAAGUGAUCCCUUAUCUUGGAAGUAAAAGAAUGGGAAUUUGAAGAAGUCACUAUAAGCUCUACUGUGAUGCACCCAGCUUCCUUAGUUAUGGAGAAAAGAUGAACAGUUUCUAAAGUUACAUUGUUAAAUUAUCUUAAAUUGAUAUGGUGUUAAUUCUCUCAAAUUAAAAUGUCAUUACUGAUC